GGUCGUGGCGGGGGCACCCCCACCCCGCAGCGAUCGGACCACCUGGUUCGAAAUCGGUCGGCAUGUGGACGAGCAGGGAUGGGAUGGGACGGGACGGGACGGGACGGAGGAGUGGCAGUGUCGGCGACAUUUCGAGCUUCCCCGGGACGGAUCUGGAAAGCAAAGCAAAUAAAGCAGAGAGCAGGCCCGCAAAUAAUUCCACGCUUCUGCGAAGUCCGAGCUGAAUUCGGAAUUCGGACGUGCAAAUGACGCGAAAUCAAGAAAGCAGAGCCUCGCAGAGACGAGACGAGACGAGCUCAUUACAUGAACACACUGUACUGUAGUUAGGUCCGUCCCACCUCGGGCUCUCAUUUCUUCACCACUUUCCCUCAUGCUGCUCGCUCUGAGGCUCUGAGGCUCUGAUGCUUUGAGGCUCGAGGCUUGGGCAGCAGCAGCAGCUGCGAGCUGCGUGGUUGAUAUACGGAUCAUGCUUUCCCGUUCAAGGGACGCAGUGGAGUGAGUGUGUGUCUGUCUCUCUCUCGGUACAGUGGAGCUUGGCUGCUUCUAGGACGUCCCAUCAGCUGAACACAUCAGCGCCCUAGGGAAGGAGGUUGAGUGAAGCAGAUUACAGCAGAGCUGCGGGACAAGGACAGCUGCGGGGCAGGAGGAAGGAGGGCGGGGCGCCAGCAGCAGCAGCAGGAGGAGGAGGAGAAGGAGCAGGAGGAGGAGGAGGAGCGAGCGUGCGAGCGAGCUAGGCAGGACGGACGAGCGAAGGAAGCAUGGUGGCAAUUCGACGGGCCGAGGGUAGGAAUGGAGCUAUCGCGAGGGCGCUCGAUUCGGGGAAAAGAGACGAGAGAUGAGCGGUAGAGUAUACAGCGGUGGAAGUCCGCUGCUGCUGCGGGUACCACACACGAGUAGGGAAUAUUUUUUGCGAGAAGGAGGCGGGGCGUAGGAGGGAGGCAGGAAGGAAGGAAGGAAGGAAGGCAGCGGGGAAGAUCAGGCGGGGACGUCCAUUUACUGCAGACGAGGAGGACGAGCCGCGAGGUUGAGGCGGGCUGAUUGAUUGCUGGCUGGCCGCCUAGGUCGAGAGCGCCGGCCAUCUGAGGUGCAAGCUAGGACGAAGCAGCUUUGGGGCAGAUUUCGCUGGCCGGUGGUUCUAGCAGGUCUAUCGUCUCGUUGAGACAGUCGGUGUUUGGAUUUCAUCUCUGGAGCUUGGCGAGGUCGGGGCCGAUGAUCCUGGCAAUUCUAGGACAUCGACGGGCCUUUCGACGGGCAGCGUGAAUUUUCUUCAGUAUCAUGACGGACGAUUCUCAUUCGGGCUCCUAGUGAGCCAUGGGGCCUUUUCCUGCACCAGAUUUCAAGGAGUCAAGUGUUUGUUCGAUGGACAUUGGAGACAUCUUGUUGCGGACUAUCGUGCGACACUGCCGCUUCCUGAACGCAUCAUCUAUUCCUACGCGUGUUCUUGCUUCCUCUUCUUUGGUCAAAUUUGAGAAACCCAAUCGCUGUUUCCUUCUUUUCCGACACGUUGCAUUUAGCAAUUCGCGCACGAUGUCGAUUUCUUCUGUACAACUUCGUUACAAAGCUCUUUGACAUGUCAAGGCAAGGCACGUACCUUAUGUCUAAGAGGUCGAUGGGCACUCAGAAGAACGACAGAAGCAGGUUCAGCGUCUUUUGAGUCUGAUUCAAGAGCUGUCACGAUGGCUCAGAUUAAAGAGAAGACCAUUGAUGAACUUCUGCGCCUCACGGAGAAAUUGUCGGAACCUAGACCAUCAUGUGUUUUGGAGGGCAAGGCAAAAAUGCGAGGGCCUGGUGGCAGCGAUCCUUCUGAUGAUGGGGACUUCGGAGAGGUGUGCGAGAAUUGUAAAAAGCCCAUUCAUCAAGGUGAACUCAGACCCUGCAGCACAUGUGAGCGAGGAUUUCAUACGACAUGUCUCGAACUACCCUUGAAUGCAUUGCUGCCUGUGGAUCGUCUCUGCAAGCAGUGUCAUGAAUUGAGUAGUCUGCAGCAACGGCCGAGUGAGGCUUCUUUCAAACCUUCCAGUGUUCAUCGCAGGAAGUCAACUCCUUCAAAAGCGGAAUCUUUACCUGGCAGACAGGAUCUUGGUUCAAAAGGAUCAGCACUCUCUAGUUCUCAAGAGACUUCACAGCAAGGAAGUAAAAGUAUAGCUAGCGAGAAUGAUGUUGUGAAAACUGCCGAUUCAUUCGAGAAGGGACACAAUUAUGUUGUAGAAACUGCAGGGAGCUUUAUCUCAGAAGAUAGCAGUAGGAGCAAGGGUGGACGAGGAGAAUCCAGUGAACAGUCCCUACCUCCCGAACCUGUCAGACGGAGUAAGAGGGGAAGACCUUACAAACCAGUUGGAGGUCUUCACCCAAAUAAACGAAGAAGCGUUGAGCACACGAGCCGAAAUUGCGACAAAGGCGCGCUAGGAAGGUCAAGAGCAUCAACGGAUGAAGAAGAUGAGCUUGGCAUGAAAAUAGAGAAGUUUAGGGGGCUGAAAGACCUUAGCUCUGGGAAGGACGUUAAGGAUCCAAAGCUAGUCUUACCUGAGGACCAGAAGAUUUUGGUCAUUGAGCGAAGUUCUUUGUCUUUGGAACCUCAAUCCGAAUUAGCUGUCAAAUUGGAGACUCAAGUAGCAGGGAAGUAUGAGGAUAGCCUACCCCACAAGU